AAACACCCUCGCGUUUUCAAUCAACCCUAUAUCCUUAUCUCUCUCUCUCUAUCUCUCUCCCAAUCGACGAUCCCAGAUUCGAUUUUUUCUUUGAUCGGUGCUUCCCCAUGGAACGAAUCAUCGGCGGCAAGUACAAGCUCGGACGCAAGAUCGGCGGCGGCUCCUUCGGAGAGAUCUAUUUAGCUACACACGUGGAUAGUUUCGAGAUCGUGGCGGUUAAGAUCGAGAAUAGUAAGACGAAGCAUCCUCAGCUUCUUUAUGAAGCUAAGCUUUACAGAGUUCUUGAAGGAGGAAGUGGGAUACCGAGGAUAAAGUGGUUUGGGGUUGAUGGAACUGAGAAUGCUUUAGUGAUGGAUUUGUUAGGACCAAGUCUUGAGGAUUUGUUUGUGUAUUGUGGGAGGAAGUUUUCGCCGAAGACGGUUUUGUUGUUGGCUGAUCAAAUGCUGACGAGGAUAGAGUAUGUACACUCGAAAGGAUAUUUGCAUAGAGAUAUCAAACCUGAUAACUUCCUCAUGGGACUAGGCAGGAAAGCUAAUCAGGUUUAUCUAAUUGACUUUGGACUUGCUAAAAGAUAUCGUGAUGCCAACACCAACCGUCACAUCCCUUACAGGGAGAACAAGAAUUUAACAGGGACUGCACGGUAUGCAAGUUGCAAUACACAUCUUGGAAUUGAGCAGAGUCGACGGGAUGAUCUAGAAUCUCUUGGAUAUGUGCUUCUGUAUUUCCUUAGAGGAAGUCUUCCGUGGCAGGGUCUUAAGGCUGUUGACAAGAAGCAAAAAUAUGACAAAAUUUGUGAGAAGAAGAUAUCAACUCCUAUUGAGGUUCUAUGCAAAGGUCACCCUGUGGAGUUUGCUUCGUAUUUUCAUUACUGCCACACUCUGACAUUUGAUCAGCGCCCUGAUUAUGGAUUCUUGAAGCGUCUUUUUCGUGAUUUAUUCUCACGGGAAGGAUAUGAAAUGGACUAUAUAUUUGACUGGACUAUUAUAAAGUAUCAACAAGCACAGAAAUCUAGAAAUCAGUCUCAGGCAGUUCCUGGGCCUAGCAAUGCUCGUGCAACGCCAAUGGACACAAGCAAUCAUCGAGGAGGACCAAAUAUUUCUUAUGAAGCCGAGGUCUCUGAGCGUGUCAGAUCGGGUAAGGCCAUUAGUCCAAGCCCACAGAUAAAUAACAAUACUGCUGCAGGGAGGCCACUGGGUUUUGAUCAGCCCGUCCACAAGAAUGUGAACAUGCCAUCCACAUCACUGUCCCCUGCGGGUACCUCAAAAAGAAAUUUAGGAAAGUCAGGUUUCCCUCCGGAAACCUCGAACUCUGGGUAUGAGAGUGGGAAAAGAACCGGUGGCUGGACUUCAUCAUUCAUGUCUCCAGAUAAAUGAUAGUCUUUCCCUUUUCUGACAUGGUGAGCUAUUAAUGUCAAAGUCAUGCCCUGGAAGAUAAAAAAAAAGGUGUUAGUGACACACCAAGUUCUGAUUUCUAUUGUAUAUUAUCUGAGAUGUGUGUGGACAGGCAGCUCCAGAGGAUGGUGUUUUUCCAUGAACACAUUCGAUGUUUACACACACAAAGACAUGAAGUAAAUUCAGAGCCAAGCUUUUGACCUGGGAGCUGUCUUCAAGGGCUUAGGACCGUUUCUCCAUUUUUUUGUUGACAUAGGUUUCUGAGGAAACAUGUUGAGAGACAACAUGGGGCUCUCAAACUCAGAGAUAAUGACUUAGCAGUUGAAUCUCAUAAUGCAUACUGGUUUUGGGACCAUCGCCCUGUUUUUCUGCGGUAUUAGACUGCUUGGUUUGUUGCGGUCUUUAGGAAAAAUCAUCACCAUCCAAGAGAUAGGUUGUAUCUGCAGCCUCAGUGGAAACAAUACCUCAGGCCGUGGGAGGAUCUAAUUGUGUAACAUGGUGUGUUUGUGUUAUGUUUCGCUUAUGAUGUUUUCUGUAAUUUAAUGUAUUGCAUUUAUAAUACUAACUAAAGAUCAUCUCGAAAUCAAAUGCUAGAAUGAACCCCCAAAAAAAGAGAAUUGAAAAUCACGAAUAAUUCGUUACAGCAUUAUGAAAGCCUUAUACCAUAAUAGAGUGUUUGUUUG